AUGCCUAAAGGUAGAAGGAAUAGGCGUGGAUUCACGGUGUGUAUUCCUGCUGCUGCUGCUGGUGGUCAUAGAUCUUCUCCCCUGCAGACAGCAGCAGCAAUAUCAUGGCAUGCAGCAGCAGAAGCACAGAAGCAAGCAGCAGAAGCAGCAGCAGCAGAAGCAGCAGCAGCAGAAGCAGCAGCAGCAGAAGCAGCAGCAGCAGAAGCAGCAGCAGCAGAAGAGGAAGAAGAAGAAGACAAUGCCGUUAAUAUGCAGUCUAUCCCUGCUGUUGGGGAUGAAGAAGUUGUACAAGCAGCAGCAGCAGCAGCAAGAGUAGAAGCUGCUGCAGGUGCAGCAGCAGCAGCAGCAAGAACUGCUGCAGCAAAUACAGCAGCAGGAUCACCAGAAAGCCACAGCAGCAGACAACUUCGCCGUCAAUAUAUUUCUGCUGCUGCUGCUGCUGCUGCUGCCUUCCCUCCAACUCAGUAUGGGGAUAGGCAGGAACCAGCAGCAGCAACAACAGCAGCAACAACAACAACAGCAGCAGUAGCAGCAACGGCAGCAGCAGCAGCAGCAGCAGCAGCAGCAGCCUCACCAGCAGCAGCAAGGAGACCACCACCAUCAGCAGCAGAAAUAGGGCAGAUAUUAGAUGUUCUUACGAGGCAGCAGCAACUGCAGCAACUGCAGCAGCUGCAGCAACCAGCAGCAAGAGGAACAAGAUUAGGGAAGAGAGCAAGAAUAAAAGUAGCAAGAAGAUCUGCUGCUGCUGUUGCUGCUGCUGCUGCUACCGUUACUGCAAGAAGAAAUAAUACUGCUGCUCUAUCUUCCCCUCUUGCUGCAACAGGUUCAUCAGUUGUUGCUGCAGCAACAGCAGCAGCAGCAGUUGCUGUUGCUGCUGCUACUGCUGCUGCUGGCCAACCACGAGUUGCUGCUGAUGCAGCAGCAGAAAGUGCAGACACAGCAGCAGAAGCAGCAGCGGAAGCAGCAACAGACACAGCAACAGAAGCAGCAACAGAAGCAGCAACAGACACAGCAACAGAAGCAGCAACAGAAGCAGCAACAGAAGCAGAGACAGAUGCAGCAGCAGAAGCAGCAACAGCAACAGAAGAAGAAGAGGCAGAAGCAGCAGCAGAACUCCAAGCUGCAACUGCAGCAGAAGAAAUCGCGGUGACAGCAGCAGACACAGUAGCAGCAGCAGCAGAGACAGUAGCAGCAGCUGCUGCAGCAGCAGACCCAGUAGCAGCAGCAGCAGCAGACACAGUAGCAGCAGAAGCAGCAGCAGCAGGAACAGCAGCCCCAGCAGAUGAAACAGGAACAGACACAGCAGCAGCAGCAGCAGCAAGUAAAGCAGCAGCAGCAGCAGCAGACUCGUGCUCCUCAGCAGCAAAACCAUCAGCAGCAGCAGCAUCAACACCAGCAGCAGCAGCAGCAGCAUCCAAAGGAGCAAUAGCAGCAACAGCAGCAGGCAGCAGCAGCAGCAACAGUAGCAGCAGCAGCAGCAGCAAAUCACCAUUAUUAAUACUAUUUGCUACACAGACAGGGAAUGCACAAGCAGCAGCAGCAGACAUAUGGAGGGAAGUGCAGCGAGUACUCCCGCUGCAGCAGCAACCGUUGCUGCUGCCGUUGGCUGCAGCAUGGCCUCGUCUACUGCAGCAGCAGCAACAGCAGCAGCAGCAAGGUGUGGAUGCAGGCGCUGAAAAAGUUGUAGCUAUUUUCGUUGUAUCUACGACAGGUUAUGGUGACGUACCUGAUUCUAUAAAACCUUUAUGGCGGGAUUUGCUGCAGCAAAAUCUUCCUCCUGAUUAUCUGUCAUGGCUACAAUAUGGUGUAUUUGGAUUGGGUGAUCGUCGUUAUGUUGAAUUUAAUUUUGCGGCGAUUAAAUUUUAUAAACGAAUGCAACAAUUAGGAGCACAACCUUUCGUCAGAUUGGGGUUAGGAGAUGAACAACAUGACUUUGGUUAUGAGGGUGAAUUAGAUCCAUGGCUGCUGCUGCUGCUGCAGGAGCUGCCGCAGCAAGCGCCGCAUCUACUUAGCAGCAGCAGCAGCAGCAGCAGCAAAAGUAAGGGUAGCAGCAGCAAGCGUAGCAGAAGGAAGAAGCGUAACAGCAUCAGUGAUAACAGCAACAGCAGCAAUAACAGCAGCAGCAGUAACGACAGCAGUAACAGCAGCAGCAACAGCAACAGCAGCAGCAACAGCAACAGCAGCAGCAGCAGCAGCAAUACAGCCGAUACGGACGAUGAAGAGGUGUGGCUUCCUCCUCCGCAGUACCGCGUAGAACUGCUCAAGCCUACAGCAGCAGCAGCAACAGCAGCAGCAGCAGCAGCAACGCCAGCAGCACCAACAACAGCAACAGCAGCAGCAGCAGAGGCAGCGGAUAUGUUGCCGUUGCUGCAACGUAUAAAGCUGUUACAGGGAGGUCCCCAACUGCAGCAACAGCAGCAGCAGCAACUGCAGCAACAGCAGCAGCAGCAGCAGCAGCAGCAGCAAUUGCUAUAUGCACAAAUUAUUAGCAGCAGGCGGGUAACUUCUUCUUCUCAUUUCCAAUGGGUGCAACACAUCAAGGAGGGAAAGAAUGAUUUCUUUGAGUAUUGCAAAGAUCAGAGAAGAGAUAUCAUUGAUUCUUUCUGGGACUUUUGUAUCCAUGAGCCUCCUGCUGCUGCUGCUGCUGCUGCUGCUGCUGGUGAUGAAGCAGCAGCAGUAGCAGAAGCAGAAGGAGCAGCAGAAGCAGCAGCAGACAAGCCGCUUAUUCCUCUUGAUUUGCUAUGCAGCAGCAUAAUGCCCUUAGAGCCAAGAAAAUAUUCCUUGGCAAGUUAUAGCCCCCCUGCAGCAGCAGCAACAGCAGCAAGAGCAGCAGCAGCAACUGCUGCUGCUGCUCCUGCUGCUGCUGGUCAAUUAUUAUUAUUAGGGUCUUCUCUUAUUAGUCGUUGGCGGUCUCCUAUCCUUAACUUCUUCUCUAUAGAUACAGCUAAUCAUUUCCUCUCUCUUGCUGCUGAUGAGCUGCUGCAGCAGCAGCAGCAGCAACAGCAACAGCAGCAGCAGCAGCAGCAGCAGCAGCAACUGAUUGUUGACCUCUGUGUCGCCUUAGUAGAACAUGAGACAUCAUCACUAAGAAAAUGUUUUGGUGUUUGCAGCAAACAUCUUAUUAGUGCUCAGGUAAACCCUAAACCCUAA